AAUUGUUUUUAUUGUAGAGCUCUAUCUGCGAUGCUGUUUGUGGGACUCGAUAAUGGACAUCCAGCAUAGAUUUUGUGUUGACUGAACUAGAAUUUCAACUUCAGAUAUUACCUUUGUAUUUUCCCGCAUAGUAAUUUCGUCUACCUCCAUCCUUGUGGGGGGUUGAUUAUUUAUUUAAUAAACGUCGAUAUCUUUCUAUAGCAUCCUUGUCCCCCACCCCCUUUCUUCACCAUCCCACAAAUUCCUAGUCGGAGGGGAAAAGUAGGCUGUAUUUUGUUCUGCGUAAAUCUCUGCCCCUUCUCUUCCAAUUCCUCUUUACCUUGCUUCCUUCGCUGGCGGACGGAGCUCAAGUCGACACCUUGUUCAAUGAAACGUAAGCUACCUGACAACCAUUUGAUUAAGUUCUUGCAAAUUUGGCUGAAUAAUAAAAAUACAAGUUGCACCUGUCGAGUCCACUUCAAGGACAAAGAUAAACAAAGGAUACCUUUGAGCGACGCUUAAACGAGUCCACAUCUAUUUCCCAUUAAGAGCCUCGUGUAUAAGGACGUGGGCGUGUGUGCACGCUCAUUUUGGCGAAGACAGGGAGUGGCAAGAAGUGGAAUACCAUCAACACAAAUUUCAAGUAUUAAAUUCCCAGCAGAAAUCAAAUCCUGCAACGUUGGUUUUGGCAGUAUCAACUCAACCAUCUGAGCCACACCAUUAUCCUGAUCUCUUCCAGUAGGAAACCACUAACACCCCACGUUUUGCUUCCUGUCAGUCUGUGCCUGUGAAGGAGGUAUGGGUUGCCCCUAGAGAUGGGCAGAUGGAGUCAUUUGAGAUCAGAGAUGCUGCUGUCUAUGUUACUGUGUGCCAUCUAUCCACUGGUGCUGCCUUCGUCCUCUCCCAGCCAAGCCUCAGAUGACUCCAAACUUCUACAGGUGACCAUCCCUGCGAAACCACACAUGUCAGCAAUCUUGGGGGGCUCUCUCACCCUGCCAUGCCUGGUGUCUCUGUCCCACCCUCCCCCGAACACCAACGGACGGCACGCAGUGCUAACCCUUCCCCGGGUCAAGUGGAGUGUGCUGUCCCAGGGGCACGAAGCUGAGAUCCUGGUGGCUCGAGGGGACAGGGUGAAAGUCAGUGAAACCUACAAGGACCGAGCCUCCCUGCUCCAUUAUGCCUCCUCCCCAGCUGACCUCACCCUGAGGCUGGAGGGCUUGCAGUACAAUGACUCUGGCUUCUACCGCUGCGAGGUUCAGCAGGGCCUGGAGGAUGCUGCCGAUGUGGUUCCGGUCAAGGUCAAAGGAGUGGUGUUCCACUAUCGAGACGCUUCAAGUCGCUAUGCCUUUACGUUUGAGCGGGCCCGAGAAGCCUGUGAGGAAAUAGGGGCUCAAAUCGCCACCCCAGAGCAACUCAUGGCAGCCUACCACAGCGGAUACGAGCAAUGUGAUGCAGGCUGGCUCUCAGACCACUCGGUAAGGUAUCCCAUCCAGAUGCCACGAGAGGGAUGUUUUGGAGACAUGGACGGGAAUCCUGGAGUGAGAAACUAUGGGCUGCUAGAGCCUGAUGAGCUGUAUGAUGUAUACUGUUAUGUGGAGAACAUAGAGGGGGAAGUUUUCCAUGGCUCUGACCCCCAACGUUUCACCCUAUGGGAAGCUAAGGCCUACUGUCUGGCUCAAGGAGCGGAACUUGCGACUACAGGUCAGCUUUAUGCGGCCUGGAAUGACGGACUGAAUGCCUGCAGCCCCGGGUGGUUGGCGGAUGGGAGUGUACGCUACCCCAUCGUCACACCAAGGGAGCGUUGCGGCGGAGGCGAGCCUGGGGUCAGGACUGUGUAUCGCCAUUUGAACCAGACAGGUUUUCCUGAAGCACACACUCGCCACGACACUUACUGCUACAGAGGCUACAGCAACACUCAUACUGAAUCUCCCCAGGACUACCUGGCAACAGAGCCAGAGGACAUCGGCCAGGACAUUGUGAUUCCAUCUGAGCCUCUGGAGGAGUCCAGCUUGGCUCAGGUGACAGAACAGGUCUCCCUGAAUGCCAUCCCAGAUCCAGAUGAGCAGUACACAUCAGAGCACAUAGAGAAGCUGGGAUUUGUUGCUGGGGAGCUGUUCCCAAAUCAGCCUGAGGAGGUGCUGGGACCAGUUGAGGGCCAGGAUCCCACUGUUGUCUAUCAUGAAGAGCUACCCUUUCCGGUUGAAUCCCAAGAGCCAGUCACCCCCACAUUCAUCCCUCAUGACCUUGAGCCCUCAGAGGGAACCUGGCAGCCGGUGGUCAGCAAUUCAAAAUCCAAUCGACCUGCUCUCGUGGAGGCAACGACUGACUCCAAAUACCCAGUCACAUCCUCUGUCCAGCUGAAUGAAAGCCCAACAGUGUACAAAUUUCCUCCUGAGAAAACUGAUGAAUCUGGCGAGGGCCAGUCUGGGCAAGUCACAGACGCGGACCCAGUCAACCCAAGCCCCUCUUCUGACGAGUCCAUCAGGCCUGAGGAAGCCAUUGCUGGGGGUAUCGAGGAGACGUCGGUUUUUUCCACAGAGCGGUUCACUGACCAGUCCACCACCCAGGCUCCAUACUGGUACAGCACAGCUGAAUACCGCCUGACUAACUCCGUGGACCACACUGCCAGCAUCCUUCAGUCUGAGGAGCAUAUCCCAUCACUGGAGUCAUUGUUCAUCCAGACAGCUUAUGAUCCCACUCAGCAACAGUCAGGGAUCUAUGAGGAAAUACCUGACAUCACCCUCUUGACAUCUUCCAUACCAAUAGCCAACCCCACCCCAACACAGCGGUCCGUGGAAAUGGAGGCCAGCUCCCCGGGAGACCUCAUAACCUACAUCCCAGAAUCCAGUUUUCCAUCUGGGUUUAAUCCCCUGGAGGAAAAGCUUGAGAAGGUUGAGCAAGAAGGUUUGGGUGAAAUCCCAGAAGUUGUCUCCACUGCUACCCCAGAGACAACUUCUGGAGAGAAAGGGAGUGGAGAUGAACAGAGUGGCCAAGACAGAGUGGAGUCAGGCUCUGGCAUAGACUCAAGUUCAGGCUUAGACAUUGUCUCAGGCUCCGGCUCAGGUUCUGCAUUUGGUUCAAGCUCAGGCCAGGAAGUUUCAAGCUCAGGGUCAGCCUCGGGCUUAGGGUCAGACUGGGGGUCAGGGUCAGACUGGGGCUCAGGGUCAGAUUGGGGCUCAGGGUCAGAUUCGGGCUCAGGAUUAGAUGCAAGCUCAGGGUCAGACGCAAAUUCAGGGUCUGACUCUGGCUCAGGUUCAGAUUUGGGCUCAGGGUCAGACUCUGGCUCAGACUUGGGUUCAGGUUCAGACUCAGGGUUAGGCUCAGACUCAGGCUCUGCAUUAGGCAUAGAUUUAGGUGAGGAGCCUUUUAAAUCUGCUGAAGGAUCAGGGGUGUCUCCUACACAAAGCUCAGCCAUCCUUGAACCAGAAUUCCCAUACUUGAAUGAAACUUCCUCAUCUAUCAAUGGCGCAACCAUCAACGGUACAGAAGAAAGUGAACCGGAAUCGAGCACAGAAGUGCCUUCUACGGAAAUGGGGAUCAAGCUGCUCCCUGACACGUCCCAGACCCCGCUGGCAACGCCCACUGUGCCCCAGGAGUCUCGUGCAGAUGAAGAUCUGUUGUACGGUGGGUUGACCUUAGACACUGAGGACUCUAUCAGUCCCCACACUGAAGAGCCUGAGAAGACCCCCAGCCCGACCCCCACCAUAGAGGUCAAUGAUGACCACACCACGACAACAGUGCCCUUAUAUCCAGACGCCGUUGAUGAGGAGGAACUGACUGCCGCUCCUAGUAUUUCCAGCGUGACAUCUAGAAAUAUUUCAGAUGCCUGCCUAAAGAAUCCUUGUUCCAAUGGGGGAACUUGUGUCGACAGUGGGUCUUCCACCAAGUGCCUUUGUCUGCCUACUUAUCGAGGAGACGUGUGCCAGACAGAUCUGGAGGCGUGUGAGCUGGGCUGGGAAAAGUUCAUGGGUUUCUGUUACCGACACUUCAGCCAGCGUCAGGGCUGGGAGGUGGCAGAGCAGCAGUGUCGUGUUUAUGGUGCCCAUCUAGUCUCAGUCAUGACCCCCGAGGAACAGGACUACAUCAAUGAUCAGUACAGAGAUUACCAGUGGACAGGUCUGAAUGACAGAACCAUAGAAGGGGACUUCCGCUGGUCCGACGGAAAUCCUCUGCUCUAUGAGAACUGGUACCGGGGCCAGCCUGACAGUUACUUCCUUUCUGGAGAGGACUGUGUGGUGAUGGUGUGGCAUGAUGGAGGCCGCUGGAGUGAUGUGCCCUGCAACUACCACCUCUCCUACACCUGCAAGAAGGGCCCUUCUUCUUGUGGCCAGCCCCCUGUCGUCGCCAAUGCCAAUGUGUUUGGUAAGAUUCACCUGCGCUAUGAGACCAACUCCAAGGUGCGCUACUACUGUGAAGAUGGAUUCCUUCAGACGCAUAAUCCCGUCAUUAAGUGCCUACCCAACGGCCAAUGGGAGGAAGCUUUGAUCACCUGUCACCCGGCCCUGAAUGUCUCGGCAGAGGAAGAGCAGCAGCUCAUGAAGCCCAGCUAUAAGGACGAGGAGGUUGAGGUGGUGGACACAGCCACAGAGAAAGCCACUCCAGGAUUUUGGGAUAUUAAGUGGAACUUCUAAGCUCAUCGAACAGAAUAUGACCCUUCCUUCUGCCCUGUUGCAUUGUAUCUUGGGUUCUACUGAAAGACUGUCCUACUUUGUCCUCUGAACAAGGUGGAGCCUUUUUUCAUUUUCUCGUUGAUGAUGAGUCACUACAUUCCGGUCGCCAGCUCUUUCCUGAAUUAUGUUCAUUUAGAACGUCAAUAGACUUGACGCUACUCAGACUUACAAUUAGAGUACACCCAAACAUAAGGCCACAGUUUGAGGAAUACAACACAAUUUGCGCAGUAUGAUUUGUCUUUGUAAUGAGCUUUAAAAUGGUCCUAUCAAUCAUCGGGGUGGUUGAUUGACGAGUGUAGUACAAUAUACUCUACUAUGACAAUGUUGUGUUGCUUUAUUUGACUGUCAGAGGAACCGACAUCAGCGUACUGCUGCUAAGAGUAAAGCUUCUUGUACAGACGGUCUGCCUGCCCCACACUGAACCAGUGGUCCUCUGCUCUACAACACAUGAGCUGCCUCCUUGACAACAAUCUGACUGUUCUACAAAGCUCAAACAGUCCAUUUGGAUAGCCCUAUUGGUGACUUUUCAAGCUAGCUGUGGAAGAGGAUUUCUGUAUGUUCUUAAUUCCGUUACAUUAGGAAUAUAC